AUGUUUGGGAAUGUGCGGUCUCCUGGAAUGCUUGGCCCUGUCGCACACAUGGGGCGCAAAGCAGUUCAGUGCCCGGACAGGGAAAUCCCAUCACUCAUCUUCUCCGCGCUAUCUUCCACGUGGCCUGUCCGUCCACACCUAACUGGAUUGGUGAGCAGCACUGUGGUGCUUUUAGGAAGCAGGCUGGCGCGGGCAAAGGUUCGGCGUUGGCAGAGACAAGGCCAACAAACCGCGCAAUGGCAGGAAGAAGAUUUGGAGAAAGAAGGCUGGAGAACUCUGGGCACUUACCAGGAUGUGUCUGAUCCAGAAAAUGGCAAGGCCACAAUCUACUGGAUUGGUGAUGCUAUACGGAUCUGCCACAGCAACUAUGGCCCAGUGCCCGUGAGUGAUGGCAAGAUUCUGAAGCACAAGGACGAUGUCUAUGAAGUCCAGAUUGAAGGUAUGCGUGGGCGGAUCGAUGCUCGCGGCUUUCGCUGUGGAGGCUACUUGAAUCCACUCAUUGCCUCUCAUGAGCUGGAUUCAAGCACGACGGAUCAAUCUCCACCUCUCAUCUCCAGUGCAGACGGUGUUGAAAGUGGCACCAGCCAAGUGAAUCCCUGUGUGGAUGAUGCAGCCAUCCUCGCCUCUCAUAAUUUGGCUGUCAUUUUGGGGACGGAUGCGUUCGAUGAGGAUGACUACAAGUCCUUACUAGCCAGGGGUCCCUCACGAAGACUUGUCUCUGAGAUGAAGGCCUCUCUUGGGGAUGACUAUGGAGGUUGGGCCUCUACUGACAUGGAAGCAGACACUGCAGAUGGAGAGGGGUCCAGAAAGCGGAAGAGGCAACAACUUCGCCGGCUGCUCUUCCUGCCCGGUGCUGGCCGCUUCUAUGCCAAAGAUGCAUACAAGGACUGGUGUAGAAAACAGACACCAGCUGGCCGCCGCUUUCCUACAGUCGCCGAGCUCCGUCGUGCGGAAGGCUACAUGUCGAAGCGUUUUCGCCAAAUGGAGGGAGAUGCUGCAGACUGUAUCCGGCAGGUGCUUCUCGAAGGCCCCAUGCACCUCGUGUCCUACGUGCUCAAAACGCACGCCUUUUGGGCCAAAGCCAACCAUGCGAGGCGUCUCGACGAGGUUGCACGCCACCUACAGGAUGACAGGAUCUCGCUCAGUGCCACUGUCAAGGGUAAGGACGAGGAGAAGUUGGAGAAGCCUAAGCGCCUGAUGGAAAAGGUUGAGCAGGAGAGAGUAAGAAGGCUCAAAGAGGAGCUUAGACUUCGAGACAAGCCUUUCACGCAUCUGCAGAGGAUAAAUGCUUGGACCGUCCCCGGAACGACUUUGGAGUUCCGAGUGCUGGCAAGUCAGGCGGCCGUUCGCGAGGUCGCCAAAAAGCUGAAGAACUGUGCGGCCACGUGGAUUCCAGACGUCGUUGCCCAGAGAUCUGCGCUGGUAGGCUUGUUCGACACACAGGAUGGCAAGAGCAAAAUCCUAGCGAUGGGGGAGUUAACGUGCACCCCGUCAAACAAGAAAGAUGUCAUAGUCGCGAAGUUCGGCCAACGUGUCCGAGCAUGCAAUCGAACAUUGACAGAGAAACAAGAGAAGUGGUUCAUACAGGCAGAGCCCCAGCUGUCCGCCAUAUGGACAAAGGCCAUCAAGAGUGAGCUGCAAGGUGUUCUGCGUCCAAGCAACACCAACCCCGCGUCCGUGGACGAAUUGAGCAAUCUGGCAAAGCUUAUGGCAGAAAUGAUGCUUAAAAGGACGACAAUUGCAGAGGAUUUUGAUGGUUUGCUGCGGGAUCCUGCACGGAUGGAAUGGGAGCGGUUGGCCAGAAUUGUGAUGAAAGCAUAUGUCAACAACAGCCCAGACGCGAAGUCGAAAUUUCUAAUCUUGCUCUCUGACUUGCCGUUCGAGAAAUCAAAGUUGAUUGAUGCAUUGACUCCAACGUUGCUGUCCGCUGCAAGAGCUUGUGACUAUAAGCUCGUAGCGCGGAUUGCUGUGAAGCUUGUUGCGGCCGGAGUGUCGGAAUGUGACACCGCGAAACUGCGGGAUGCAGCCCUCAGCGACACGAGGGUGACUCAAGCAGUUUUGCUGUCAGGCUUGCCGUUUGACCUGGGAUGCAGACACGUGCAGGAAGUAUUGAAGGGGAUGGCACCAGAUCCUCUUAAACUUCAGGAGCAUCUUCUCAUGUACCUUCCAGAGAUGAUGUCAUCGGUCAACUUCACGACAUGGCAACUUGCCCUGUAUGGCCUGCCCCUUGGCAACAUUGGGCAACACCUUCUUUGGCAAACGUUCCGGCGGCAACCUGAUCUUAGCUUCGUCAAGUGCCUUGCGUGGCGACUCCUCAUGCUGCCGCUGACUUCUGAAGAGCUGGGGCAAAUUUUGAAAGAAGCUAUGGGACUUGAGAUGCCUGCAAAGCUCGCGGUUUUGCUGAGUGACUUGCCAUUCGCGGUUCCAAGCCUCGUCGACGUGUUGACAGAAACUUUGGUAUCCGCUGCACUCACACAAAGGCACGAUGUAGUAGCAAGCAUUGUGGCAAGACUAUUGCAAGCUAGAGUGACAACAAGCGACACCACUCCGAUCCUAGAGGCAGCUCUUCAAUGUGAUAUGCGCGCAAGGCUGUCCAUCCUGCUGACUGAGAUUCCUUUUGAUAUUGGCAGCUUGGUCGGCGCUUUGACCCAGCCCUUGAUCCUCUUCGCACAAAGGGCUGCAAGCGAGAGAGAUGGAAAGGCAUCAGAGGUUGUAAGGGCCAUCGGGACCAAGCUCUCUGCCAGUGGAAUCACGCUAGAUGAUGCGGAUGCUAUUGUCCGGAGACUUGCAGGAACCAGGGCUCAGCUUGAAGUCUUGGUAAGCGGCCUCUCCUUUCGAGCCUCCACCGUAAGGGGGCUGCUUCCAGGUAUGUCGUCUAGUUUGGUUUCAUCAGAAAAUUGGGUCUUGGAUUGGGGCUUGGCAAGGCAGGUCGAGAAAAUGCUUAUCUCAGCUGGUGUCACUGCUGUGGGCACGUCUGUUAUCUUGGAGAGAGCGCUGCAUCAAGAAUGCCUCGACUUUGUGUUGAACUCCACUUUGCCUUUCGAGCCCAAGAAGCUGACGUGGGCGCUUUCAGAAUUGUACUUGCAAAAGCUUGCCUUGAGAGAAGGUGCAGACACACUAUCAGAGUUGGAAGAAGAUGCAGACACACUAUCAGCGAUUGAAAAUGCAUGCCGACGAGCAGGGGCAAAUCAAGUUGCGUGUUUCUCUUGUAUGCUGCUUCUUGCUGUUGAGAAGCCGCUGCCGCACAAGUCUUUAAUCAGAGGAUUGGUGAAGAGGCUCAACUCCAUGGGCAUCACCCGGAAGGAGGCAGAUUAUCUCCUGGAGAAUGCUAGGCCUCAUCUGCGGCCAAGCUUCAGGCAACUGGACUUACCAUUCUCGCGGGCUGCUUUAAAAAAAACGGUUCGAGGACCAACCGCCACUAGGGGUGGUCGGAACAGGAGAGCCUCUGGGCAGUUGAAUGCUCUAGGAUUUGAGGCCUAG